AUGAGUUCCAUCAAACACGGAGAAAAAGUGUGCGGUCAGCAGACUGUUGCCCUGUGUAAAUACUGGUGUCAGGCUGGAGCCACUGUGAUAAACUGCGAGUGCGCCGGAGAUGACUCCAAUUAUGAGACAUCGGGGUCUUCGGCCUCGCCUCAGGAUCCAGUCACCGUGGCAACGCCCUCUCACCUGCUGGCCGGCUUCAUGAUGCUAGAGGAGGACACGCUCUCCGUCGUCCAGUCGGACGGCUCGAGUCCUCUGGCGAGCGCGCGGGAGCAGCCGGCGUUCUCGUCCAUCCUGACGCUGCUGGCCAGCACGGCCCGGCGGCCCCAGAACCUCAUCCAGCCCAGAGGGCCCCCGGCAGGGAACUUCGGCAGGGCUGGGAACCGGACCAUCCACUGGCGCACCGACGACUUGAUCGAACGAGCUGAGCCAUCCUUCACCUCUUCUUCUUCCUCCUCCUCCUCCUCCUCCUCUUCUUCGAUCCUGGGGCCGAUGGGCAACUACUCCUUCGGUUCAGGUUUGACCUCCACCCUCAGCAUGCGACAGGGCAGCAUGCCCCCAGCCCAGUCGACACCCGCGCCUCAUUCCAUAACCCCAUCCUCGGGCAUUGUGUUGGUGUCACUCCUCUCGCCCUCCACUCACGAUCGCAUCCGCGCUUUAGACGACCAGGCCUCUUCAUCACAACCUCAGGAUCUGACCUUGCCCUUAUUAGUCAACCGCAGUCAUGUCCCCCCUGCAGCCGACGUGCCAGCUGGUCCCCCUGGGACAUUGUCCCACCCGCCGGCCACUGCCACGACAGGAGGCUCGGCCAGCAGAAUGAGUCAUCCCUCUGGACUCUCCCUGGGAGCUGUCACUCUGUCAGAGCUGGUCAGUCCCGCGCUGUUAACAGCGCAGCUGAAUUCUGAUAGCCGUCACACAGAGACUGCUGAUAUCAGAGGCGUGGUGUGGACUCCAGCAGAGAUCCCGAGAUCAUCCGCCCGCUUAACGAGCUCCGCGCCGAAACUACCCCCGCGCAGCCCCGCGGCGGAGCCGGGCACAGCGUCAAAUCACGCAAGGCGGCGCAAACAUUUACAAGUCUCGUCGUCUCCUCCUCCUCCUCCUCCUCUUCGUCUGCGGAGGAAUGGAGUCGAGAGCGGGUCGGGAGUGUCGCUGGCGCCACUGCUGCCGUCGCCGGGGAGACGACGCAGGCGAUGA